AUGAUCAGUCCUCGAAAGAAUGGGGGCCCCAUGUUUGUAUACCAGACAAUCGAUCCGGCCACCGCAAGGUUGGUGGUACACCAGGCCUGCACCAGCUGCCGAGCCAAAAAGGUCCGGUGCACACGCGAGAAAACCGGAUGUCGUCGAUGUCGAACCCUCUCGCGGCCCUGCGUAUACGACCCGCCAGGGCCCAAGGCCUCAGGACAUAAGAGAAAGCAGGGAAGCCAAGACUCGGGAACGGCUUCGAGCAAGACCAAAGAUAAAGCCCAGACGGGCGCUCCUGCACAAGAUCUACCUCCUUCCAACAGCGAGGGCACCAAUAUUAUCGCCACAGAGCCGUCCUUUCCAGACGUUCUGAGGACCGAGGGAGAACUUAGGAGCUGUUUCCAUGACUUGGGAGACCAGAUACCCAUGUCGUCAUCAAUGAGUCUUGCCCUGAAAUUCAAUAACGACGUGCUGGGCCGAGGGCCUGUGUCUGGUGCUGGUGAUGACAACGGAUCGGCCCCGCCGCUGGGAGGCCAGGAGGGUGGGCAUCAUAAGGAAGACAAGCUCCAGGCGUUAUUCGAACAGCCAGACCAAUCUGAGCCUCACCUCUUGUCAGAAACGGACCUUCUCUUCCUGGGAUCUGACCAUAGCGGGGCUUCCAAGGACGCCGCCUCAGCACCAGUCUCUGCCACCGGAACGCCUUCACCUCGGGCGUGCCAGUGUCUUCAGAACGUUGUACUCCUGAUCGAAGAGCUCGAGUCAGAGGGAAACACCGUAUCGACCCGCACCAUAGACACAUGGCUGGCAUCGCUGAAGGAGUCGCUCCGCUGCGUGGAGGCGAUGCUGCGGUGCGCCUCGUGCGGGGACAGACCUGAGAACAUGACCAUCUUGACCUUCCUGACCGACAGGAUUAUGUCGUCGUGUGAGCGCCACAUUGAUGCAUACUUGGAUAGUGCUGGGCCGGGCUCCCGAUCCACCGGGGGGAUACAGAACCGGCGGUCAUCGCACCACUCCUCAGCCGUUUAUUUUGGCGAGUACAUGGUGGAAUCGCCGUAUGAAACCGAGAUCAUAGUCAGGAACCUCAUCGUGUGGCAGUUGCGGACUUUCAACGCCAGAAUCAACGAUAUGAAGGAUGUAUCGGCUACGGUCAACAUGGACUCACUCUUUCGCAAAGUCACGUCGACAAAAAGGCGCAUCGCGACAUUGCAACUGCACCGUGCGCGCGUCACCACCCAGCACUAA